AUGUCUGAACCGCAACCAUUACCAUUUUUCUACCAGUUCGUGGCCGGAGCCGUUGCCGGUAUCUCGGAGAUUCUGGUUAUGUACCCAUUGGAUGUGGUGAAGACCAGAAUGCAAUUGCAAGUCGGUGGAGCAGCUACUGGAGCAGCUGCCCAGGAACACUACACUGGUGUGGUGGACUGUAUUCGUAAAAUCGUCGCUAAAGAAGGUGCUUCGCGUCUUUACAAAGGUAUUUCUUCUCCAGUGUUGAUGGAAGCUCCAAAGAGAGCUACUAAGUUUGCCUGUAACGAUGAAUUUCAAAAAAUUUACAAGCGUGAGUUUGGUGUAGCUCAAUUGACACAACCUUUGUCAGUGCUGAGUGGUGCAUCCGCUGGUAUCUGUGAGGCUUUUGUCGUUGUGCCAUUUGAGCUGGUCAAGAUUAGAUUGCAAGACUCUAGAUCGAAUUACAAGGGACCCGUGGAUGUUGUGAAACAGAUUAUCGCCAAAGAAGGUGUGUUGGCAAUGUACAAUGGUUUAGAAUCCACCAUGUGGAGACAUGCAGUGUGGAAUUCCGGAUAUUUCGGUAUUAUCUUCCAAGCUAGAGGUUUGUUACCAAAGCCUGAGAACAAGAUGCAAAAGACCAGAAACGAUCUGAUCGCUGGUACUAUCGGUGGUACUGUUGGUUCUUUGCUAAGCACUCCAUUCGAUGUGGUUAAAUCCAGAAUUCAAAACACCGCAGUCAUUGCCGGUGUGGUCAGAAAAUACAAUUGGUCCUGGCCAUCGCUCUUCAUCGUAUACCGUGAAGAAGGUUUCAAAGCGCUUUACAAAGGUUUCGUGCCCAAAGUUUUGAGACUGGGACCAGGUGGUGGUAUCCUACUGGUUGUUUUCACCGAAGUUACCGACUUCUUCAGAAAGAUGAAAAACAUAUAG